CUAAGAGGUGGUUAGCCAAGAAGGUGGAAGGUCGCGAUGCCGGCUACAGGGGCUACAUAAAACGCGGGAAUGCCGCGCCCGCGCCAGUCACCAACGAGUGGUACUCGUGUGAUCAACAGUCAACAGUUCCAGAAUGUUUUCGCUAAGCGCAGUCGCCUGGCUAGUGGUGGGGGCAGCUCACCUGGCUGCAAGUUACCCCUUCGAAGUGCCCGUGUCUGCAUGCGUAGACAUGAUGCCUAAGGGUCCAGGCCACAACGACGUAGCCGCCCAGAACUCCAAGAUCCCCUACGACUUCUCCUUGGAGCGUGUCACCAUCCGCAGCUCGGACAGUGUGGAGUUCACCAUCAGGCAGAAGGCAGGAGGACCGACUUUUGCGGCCUUUAUGGUACAGGCUAGGUCCGGCAACUCCCCGACACCUCUCGGAACAUUCCAACCCAAGGGUGACAACGCCAGGACUGUCACUUGCAGUGCUGAUAAUGACACUGGUUCCCACAACAGCCCGGACCCAAAGAAGAGUGUAACUCUUAUCUGGACACCUCCGACCAACUUCAAGGGAAAUGUCAACUUCUAUGUAACAGUUGCUGAGAACAAGCUCAAGUUCUGGGUCCGCCAUAAGGCUGCUGCCCUCUCAGUCAAAUGAACAAAGAGCACUUCUGAAGAAAAAAAAUAUUAAGAGGAGAGUUUCCGAUUUCUGGCAAACCCCAGCUGUAGAAGUUUCAAUAAUAAAUGAAGAAAUAUUAGUCCAAACGCAGUUGACAAUAUUCUGUGUUCUAGCAUUUUCUGUGAUAUAAAGCUAUUUUGAUAGUUUUUUUAAAUUUUCUUUUAGUUUAUCGGAUAAAAUAAAUACAUUUUUAGUAAUUAAGGAUAUCAAUUUAAACGGUUUUCUAUAUGUGCAAUAAUAAAUACAUAUUUUUAAAUAUUUUUUAGUUUUGUGUACCUGAUUUCUAUUUUGUAUAAAUAAUGCCAUUUGACAAUAGAAAUUUUUAAAACAA